AUGGGCGGGGUUGCCUCGCCCGCGGGCGGCGCCGCCGUCGAGCUGCUGCGCCAGCUGUGCGGCCCCGCCGACCCCGAGAUCGCGCGCGCGCUGCGGCCCGGCAGCCUGCGCGCGCGGCACGGCGCGGGGCGCGUGCGCAACGCGGUGCACUGCACUGACCUGGCGGAGGAUGGGGAGCUGGAGGCGCGCUUCCUGUUCGCCAGCGACUGCGUCGCCUGA